AUGGCGCGGGCAGGCAAGUGCUUUGAGUGCGUUCUACAGGGCGAAGUGAACUUUAAACAUUUUCCUUCAUUCGUCGAGCGCCUUGGUGGUCUUUGUGACGAGAGCGUAGUCAAGGAAGACAUUGCAUACAAGGAAUACGUCUAUAAUUUUGAUGAUAAGUGUCCACAAUACAUUCAAGGCGUGCCUCAUUACGAGGUUCGUGCUCGUCAUGUAUUUUCAGGAUCAACGACUUUUCAAGGCGUCGCAGUUGAGAUGCCAUCAGAUGGAGGACAGAAGUGGGAGCUGAGGUACAUUGGACGUUGGGAACGCAAGAAAAUGUCAGAUCAUGUAGGCAGUGCACUCGUUGCUGUUCCGUUCCGCAGUCAGAUUGCUGUGUCGGUCGGACAGAAUGUACGCUCGUUUCUGGGCACGCUCGGCUUUCGACAUAGUUACAGGUACAUGCGUUUAGGAACGAGAUGGCAAUUCUCUAAUGGCAUUACCAUUGAAGCUACAAGAAUGAAGGCGUUGAAGAAUGAAGAUGAAAAAGACGAAUACCGCCUUGUGGACUUGGAGAAUCUUCGAGUUGAAGCACUGCUUAUUGAAAUAUUUGCGCUUACGACAGACGAAAAGAUCGACGAGGCGUCUCAAAAGAUUCGACGCUUUGCUGUGGAUCUGGAUCCAUACUUCAUUGAGCGCCCGUCCGAAGGCAAGGAAAUUUUGCAUAGUACGGCGACAUUAGCUGCUGAGGUGCGUCGCAAACGCCCGCGACCGUGA